GAACAAAGUAGAAUCACCCAGGGUCUCGUCUUUUGAAAAUGGCGGACGAAGAGCAACCGCAGACAGCAGUGGUAGAAGAGCCACUAGACCUGAUUCGCCUCAGCUUGGAUGAAAGAAUCUACGUGAAGAUGCGAAAUGACAGAGAGCUGAGAGGGAGGCUUCAUGCGUAUGAUCAACAUCUGAACAUGAUCCUUGGGGAUGUGGAGGAGACAGUCACAACAGUGGAGAUAGACGAGGAAACAUAUGAGGAAAUAUACAAAACCACCAAGCGGAACAUUCCCAUGCUGUUUGUUCGAGGAGACGGGGUGAUCCUUGUAGCACCACCGCUCAGAUCUGGAGCUUUCUAGUCCAAAGAACAUCUACUUUUUGUAUGGCAACUUGUACCUGGGAAGACAUUAGAUACUAGCUGUCGUGUUAUGAAGAAUAUUCUGUUGAAGAUGCCAGAAGGGUAUUACACAAACAUGUGUAUGCUAUUGGAGACUAGUAUUUUUUUCAUCUCCAAUAUUCUGUUCAUUUCUUUCUUUGUUGAGAAGAAACUUUUGUGGUCGUAUAACGCUUGAUAAAGUCAUGUGAGAUGACUCAUGUCAGAAUAGUCAUGAUAAAAAAAACAGUCAAUAUGAAGUGACUACUAUGUGUUUGGGUUCAUACAUGUAUUUAGCCAUGUCUGAAUGGCAUAGUCCAAAGGACUUGUUUAAAAAAGAUGAUUUUGACUAAAUAUUGGAUGGUUUGACUUUCAACCUUAUGUUUGUUUUUAAUUUCUUAUAAAAUGUAAGAAGGUUUGAUACAUAACAUGCCUGUAAAAUUCUAUGUUAUAGACAAUGAUGAAGACUUGUAUAGUCAGAGACCCCCUAAAAAGCACCAGGCAAUAGACUCAAGUCCAUGCAUAUGGCAGGGCAGCUACUGGGAACUGGUAUAGUUACAGAUCAUGUUAUCAUUUCAGUAACGAUGACUGCAAUAAAGCCUGUCAUUAACAAAUA